AUGGAGGACAAGGUUGCCGUGGAUGUGGGCAAUGUUGCCAUCGAGGAGCUUCUCCCUGCAUUGCCCAUGGAGUCACGACGAUCGCUCCUGGAACAUCAGAUCAGUGCGCCAAGUCCCAUCCAGGCGCUGGCGCUGCCACAUAUCGGCUCUGGGAAGCAUGCAGUCCUGAUCUCCGAAACAGGCUCGGGCAAAACGUUGGCUUACUUGCUGCCUGCACUGCAGCGUGCGCGUGAAGCCGACGAGGACGGCGAUGGAACCAGCACAGGUCCCAGCUCUGUGAUGAUCCUGACGCCGACGAGGGAGCUGGCAAUCCAGACCUUGGCUGAGGCUGAGGAGCACUGCCAAGGUAUUCUGGCAUUAGCAACUCUAUCAGCGCGUGCUUCUUGGUGGAAUUUGAUGGAUGCUUCGGUCAUCGUUGCCACGCCUUCUGACUCUUGGAAGGCACAAGGAAGUGUGAAAGUAUGA